GCCCGGAAUAGCAGAGUUGCUCUGUUUGACGGCAUUGAGGAGGGAGGCAUCCGAGCAUCAUCACUUUACUCCUCCUAUAAUGAAAUUGAUGAACAAGAUAACGAGCGAGCAAUGGGUGGAUUGCAAGAUAGAGUCAGUUUGUUGAAAAGAAUCUCAAGUGAUAUACACGAGGAGGUGGAUAAUCAUAACCGAAUGCUGGACCGCAUGGGGAAUGACAUGGAUUCUUCAAGAGGAGUUCUUUCAGGAACUAUGGACAAAUUCAAAAUGGCCCGUGAAUUCCUUUCCAAAUGGGGUGAUCUCAGCCAGACCCAAAUUUUUGCUAAGAUUGAAAUGUUGAGGGCCUGACCCAUUUUGAUGAGAUUCUACGAGAAGCUGAUGGUAUUAUCCAAUCUCGUGGUAAUUUGGACAUUGAUCUUCCACCAGAGAAGGUUAGUUUUGCCUUUGAAAUUCAUUUUGUUGUUUGAAUGACUCAUGUUGUGGGUGUAAAUAGCUAUGUUUGUGGUCAUGUGGAUAAUGCAUUUGAUAUUUGAAUAAAUUAAAAUAAAUGGAUG